UUCAAUAUUGCUUCGUCAGAUCACUGUAGUUUACCGUCGAGCGCAUGCAUAGUUAAAAAAUGGCUUGGACACACGUUGAUACAUCCAACGGAUGCUUCGAAAACUUAUUCGUAAACACCUGUCAAGCGUCGUUUUUGACUCUUUUGGCGUUCAUCACUCAGAAUUUGAACAGUUCAAACGACGAUCCUUUACGACAACGUCAGAUAAAUCACAGAGACUCGGACACUUACGACUUUAUCGUGGUCGGAGCCGGAAGUGCCGGCUGUGUGUUGGCCAAUCGUCUGAGUGAAAUUAAGCAAUGGAAGAUUUUAUUGCUCGAAGCCGGCGAGGAGGAGCCAAAGGUGGCCGAAGUUCCUGGCCUCAUGUCCGUGUUGAGCAAGAGUAGCAUCGAUUACGACUAUAAAUUUCAGCCCGAGUCGUCGGAACUCUGCCAAAAUCAUCCGCCCGCCUGUACCGAGCCCAGGGGAAAAGUCAUGGGCGGCACGAGUACCAUCAAUGGUCAGGCCUACGUCCGCGGCAGCAAGCACGACUACGACAAUUGGGAGAAACUCGGCAAUCCCGGCUGGGGCUGGAGCCAAGUUUUGCCCUACUUCAAGAAGUCGGAAAAUUUGAUGCAGAAAAUACCAUCUGGAGAUCCCGCCGAUCACGGGACUGGUGGUUAUUUGAGCGUCGAGUUCGCGGACGAGGAUGAAAAUAUAAACAGCAUCAUCGAUUCUUUGAAGGAGACGGGUUUCAAAGAGGUGGAUUACAAUUCCGGAAAUCCAUUGGGCGUGGCGAAGUUGCAGUACACCAUGAAAAACGGAGCUCGUCAGAGUACCAAUACGGCUUUCAUUCGGCCGAUUCGAGGACAGAGAGAGAAUUUACACGUACUGACCGGAGCUCAAGCCACGCGAAUCAUCGUAGAUCAGGACACGAAGAAAGCAACCGGCGUGGAAUACGUCAAAGCUGGUGGUACCAAAGAAACGCUGAAAGUUUUCGCGAAGAAGGAGGUGAUAAUUUCGUGCGGGGCUAUCGAUUCCGCCAAACUUUUGAUGUUGUCUGGCCUGGGUCCUGAACAAGAGUUGAGUAAACACGGGAUAAAAGUUGUAAAGAAUCUACCGGUCGGUAGAAACUUGCAAGAGCACGCGGGCACCACACCGAUUGUAUUGAGUCUUAAAAAUAAGCCACCAACGGCUACUUCCUUUCAAUUUGCCGAUCUGAGAAAAGAAGAUGUAAACGAAUGGAUAGCCAAAAACGCAGGUCCACUGAGACAACCAGGCUUAUUGGGAGCGGUGUCUUUUCUUCGGACUCGAUUUGAGAAGCAUCCCGAAGUACCCGAUGUACAGGUUCACUUCUUGGCGACCGUCGACGACAAUCAGGUGUCUGGCGACGAGGAAAAACCAACUUAUCAAUCCUUCUCCAACUACAACCAGAUAGCUAUGUAUCCUCUUCUGUUGAAUCCUAAAAGCCGAGGAUGGAUAGAAUUAAAUCGAACAGAUCCAACGUUUGGUAAGCCGCUGAUUUAUGCAAACAUAUUUACCGAUGCUCGGGACGUUCAAACGUUAAAGGAAGGAAUACGUCUGGCCACAAGACUUAUUAAGACUCGAUCGUUUAAAGAGAGCAAUUUUACCUCUGAUAAACCACCGUUUUUUGGUUGCAAGAGUAUGAUAGCCGACGAUGAAAAAUUCAACGAAUGCCUGAUAAAAAAAUAUCAUAUGCCCAUUUGGCAUCCUAGUGGAACCUGUAAGAUGGGACCCAAGACAGAUGCUAAUGCGGUAGUUGAUUCAAAUCUCAAAGUUCAUGGUAUAAAAAGCUUAAGAGUCAUAGAUGCAUCUAUAAUGCCAUUAAUUACGAGAGGAAACACUAAUGCACCAACCAUUAUGAUUGGCGAAAAAGGAGCAGACAUGAUAAAAAGUGAUUAUCGUUAGAGUCGAUCCAUUUUUAACUAUUGGUUAUCAAUGCAGUCGUGAAGUAUUUAUCAGACUUAGUAAAGAUUUAACAUAUUGAUUUAUUGUGAAAUUCAUAUUUAGCAUACUCGUAAUAUAUAUCGAGUAAAUUUUUUAAAUUUUGUCUGCGCAAUAGCAUUUAUUUGAACAUUUAUUUGAAAAUGAUUAUAGAAGAUAUUAUAAAGCGUACAGUGUAGUUAAAUUAUACUUGAACUGAUUGAAUUUUAAAAUAAUAUUAAUGAUGAUAAAAUAUGAAAAAAUAACUAUCUAAAUAUUUGCAAUUUUUGUUUUAAUUAAUGAGAAAUAUCCAAUUAGCUAAAUAGGCAAAUUAUCAUUCAGGUAUAUUAUAGUUGUGCAUUCUUGUAUGCACAAUUGCAUACUUUUUUAAAGGAAUAUUCUCUGCUAAAAAUACUAUUUUUUAGAUACACGUGUGCUGCGAUGAAAUUCCGAUCAAAGCACUCUCAUUAUAUUGUCAAGUUUUCUUAUGUUAUUUUUAACUUUAAUUUUUUGCAAUCAAAGCUUGGAGUAGUUGAUUUCUUAUUUAUCAUUUGAUGAUAUUGGUAAAGAUUUUAUUGGUAAGAGAGUGGUUUUUAAUUGUAGUUCUUUGAUUAUUUAUUUUUGAAAAAAGAAAAUCAAUCUGUUUAAAAGAUUA